AUGUCGUUUACCUCACAUAUAUUUUACUUUAUUAUCGUCAUAUGUAUUGCCAUCAGAAAAGGAAAUGGGGCUUCUAUUGAAGUUCUUCCUGGUGAAACGGUCCCACCAAACACUCCGACAUUAACAUUAAAAUGCACCGCUGCUUCCGGAUCCGACAUAACGGACAUCUUUGCAAUUUACUUGUAUAAAGAUGAUCAACCGAUGGCAUCCAUAGUGGGCGGUAAUCCUCCACAACUUCAUACAGGUUUUGAUUCCAUGAAAUAUACAGCAAGCCGAAAUUUGCCCAAUACGGAGCCAUUAAAUUUUCUUCAAGUUGAUAUUGCAAAUCCAGACUGCGGUGAUGGAAACGAAUACAAAUGUAAACUUUCAGCGAGUAAUGGUGGUGGACCAAUAAGUCCGAAUCCUGAAGAUAUCAAAUCUAUCACUGUUGAAACUAGUCCAUCAGAUCUUACGUUCAGUGUCAAUCCAGAUAAAAUUAUUUAUUUCGAAGAUGAUGAAGUCACAAUAACCUGUAUUGGGAAAGUCGGAGAUCCAGUCCAACCUUGGUUAUGGGAGAGAAAACUUUCAGGUGCAUUGGAUUGGGAAUCGUAUCCUGACUCAAGCGAUAUUACUAAUGGUGCGCUGGUUCCUCCUAGCGCAGGCGAAUGUUCUUUUUCUCGAGAAUCUGUACUGACUAAAGUACUGAAAUCCCCUGAAGAUGGUAUGUCUCUACGAUGCUUAAUGGAUGGUGUGGUAGUUGGAUUGAAAGAUUUCACAGUAUAUUAUGGACCCAGUUUAGUUACCCUUACACCACCAUCAGUUGAUCCUGUGUUUGAAGGAGACGACAUCAGUGCUGUAACAUGUAAUCACGGCACAUGUAAUCCUUACUGUGUACUAGAGUGGUACAAAGAUAACAAUCUGGUACCAACCAAUGAUGGAGUUCUGGAACUGACGAACGUUGAACGAUCACAAGCUGGAACUUACAUAUGUAGGGUUUCUAACCCAACAAUACCCGACAGCGAAAUGACAGCUAGUCUCAGUGUAGAUGUUCACUAUGGUCCUAACAGUGUUCAUUUAACACCGCCAACUAUUGAUCCCAUAAUAGAAGGCAAUGCUAUGACACCCGUAACUUGCAGUCCUGUUGAUUGCAAUCCUUACUGUGAACAAGGAUGGUACAAUGAAAACAAUCUGGUACCAACCAAUAAUGGAGUACUGGAACUGACGAAUGUUGACCGAUCACAAGCUGGAACUUACAUAUACGGUCCAAAAAGUGUUGAUUUGACUCCUACAAUAAUUGACCCCAUAUUAGAAGGUUAUGAUAUGGCACCAGUAACAUGCAGUCAUGAUGAUUGUAACCCUCCCUGUGAACUAGAGUGGUUCAAAGAUAACACUUUAAUAACAAACGAUGCCGUCUUGGAACUAAUGAACGUUAACCGAUCAGAAGCUGGAACUUACAUAUGCAAGGUUUUUAACUCCGCAAUACCCGGAAGCGAAAUAGAACAGAACUUUGCUGUGGAAGUUUAUUAUGGGCCCGAUUUUAUCCACAUCAACUCCUCAAAAACUGUUGGGCUGAUAGAAUUUGAAGAUGUAGCACCGAUCCCAUGUUGGACACAUUGCAACCCGAAAUGUGAUAUCAAAUGGUAUAAUGGCAGCAUUGAUGAUGGAAAUCUUAUUAGUGGUGUAAAUGGAGAGCUGGAAUUAUUCAAUGUUAGCCGGUCACAACAAGCCAUCUUCUACUGUGAAGUUUCACACCCUUUUAAUUCUGAUGGACGCUUGAAUGAUUCCAUAGAUCUACAAGUUUACUAUGGUCCAGAAUUGGUCCAAAUAAAACCAGACAAUAUUGACUCUGUGGCCGAAGGUACCUCUUUGCAAGUGACCUGCUCGGCCAACUGCAACCCAGUAUGCCAGUUCACUUGGUAUUUCCAGUCCCAGGAAUCUGGUUAUAUCAAACCAGCUACUGGUGGUGUAUUAAACUUACCAAAUAUCUACCGUAACGAAGCUGGGUUGUACAUCUGUGAAGUGAACCAGGCUGAAAUAGUUAACAGCUCCAAAACAGUUGAAAUAGAAAUACACGUCCAUUGCCCCUCAUCGGAAGUACAUAUUACAACUGAACCAUCCAAAGAAGAGUAUGAAGUAGACGAGAGUGUGUCAUUUACAUGCAGUGGAGAAUUCAGUUCUGGUACAAAUCCGUCAUGGAAAUGGCAGAAAUCCUCGGCAAAUGGCCAAGAAUGGGCAGAUUAUGUUAAUUUCACUGUUUCUGAUCCGUCCGAUGAUGGAUGUUCUUACCGACAGGAUACAACCAUAUCGAUUACAAUAAAUGCUGACGAUGAUGGAUCGGAUAUUCGGUGCAUUAAAGACGAAAACGAAGACCUUAGCAUAUCAUUAACCCUAAAAGUUAAAAGCAAUGACAAAAAUGGUGGCUGUGAAAACUAUGCUAAAUUUAUCAUUUUGGUGUGCAGUUUACUAGCACUGUUCAGGUUGAAGUUUCUUAAUCAUGAUGCUUUCAUGGUAUUUACGGGUAGCGUCAUCAGGGAGUCUUACGCAUUAACAACGCCACAUAAUACAAAUUCAACAUUAGUUAUGAGUCGGAACGGUGAAGAUAUGUCAGUUCAUGGUACCGAAGAUGGAGCAAAUAAUGGUUCUAAUGGUCAAAAUAAUGGUGAAAAUUUAGAAGAACAUGACAGUAUCAAUAUGCAGACUAAUACUGUCGAAAAUACUGAGACUAAUGUUCAAUCUAUAAGUAAUCCGAAGGAAAAGUUCCUUGUUGAUAGUUUGAAUUUACGUAGAAAACUGCUCGUAAAUGACACCAGUAGUAAAAUGAAAGAGUUGCAGUAUAACAUGGUAACAUCAAGUGAUUAUAAUCCAAUUAUGGAUUCGUACAAAUCAUGGUUAAACAUUUUAGAAGAGUAUCAAAUUGUUCAUAACGAAUACCAAGAUGUUCUAGAUGAUUCUGAAAGAGAAGUUUAUUAUCUGGUGAAUAUAAAGAAUUUGAAUCAGAGAUAA